AUGACAAGCUAAAAGUGUCUUUCUCGAUAACGUGUACUAUGUGAAAAGUCUUUUAAACACUAAAAGAAAUCAAGAAAAAAAUGACAUGGAGUUCUUGACCCUCGCGAAGAGCGAUAUCGACGGGUUAUAUAAACCUUGUUCGUUUUUCCCUUCGAAUCAGUUUAACGUUGCAACGGAUAGGAGGUCGAUGUUCAAGUGAGUACGCGUGUAAAACGAGUUUUAACGGUGCAUUUGCGAUUUGAGCUAUCAUUUAUAAUAAAAUAAAAAUCAAUCAUUUAUUAAAGAUUAUUCCAAUGUUAACCUUCGCAAAUCUUCGCUUUUGGCGCACAUUCGUAAAUAUCGCGACAAUGCCAGAACUGAAGGUAGCGAUUAUCGGUCAGAGCUCGUUCGCAGCCGAAGUUUACAAAUUAUUAAGACAAAAUGGUCAUCAAAUUACCGGAAUCUUUACGAUACCUGAUAAAGGAAAUCGAGAGGAUCCAUUAGCAAUUGCUGCCAAGGCUGAUAACACACCUGUUUUUAAAAUAAAAUCCUGGAGAAAUAAAGGUGUAACUCUACCCGAAGUACUCAAGAUAUAUAAGAGUAUCGAUGUUGACCUAAACGUACUUCCUUUCUGCAGUCAGUUCAUACCAAUGGAAGUCAUCAAUCAUCCUCGUCAUCGUAGCAUAUGUUAUCAUCCAUCAUUAUUACCUAGACACCGAGGAGCGAGUUCUAUCAGUUGGACCCUGAUCGAAGGUGACGAGAGAGCAGGAUUUUCAGUGUUCUGGGCGGACGAUGGUCUGGACACAGGACCGAUAUUGCUUCAAAAAUCGUGCAAAGUUGAAUCAAACGAUACGUUGGAUACUUUGUAUAAUAAUUAUUUGUAUCCUGAAGGUAUCAAAGCUAUGGUCGAGGCUGUAGAUCUAGUAGCGAAAGGCACUGCCCCUGUGAUACCACAACCAACAGAAGGUGCGACCUACGAUCCCCUGUUAAAUAAAAAAGAACUUCAAAAGAUCGAUUGGUCAAAACCCGCGAAAGGAAUUCACAAUUUCAUUCGUGGCCUUGAUAGUACACCAGGUGCUUGGACUCUUAUUAACAAUGAAGAAGUACGUUUGUACGGUUCGACCCUCUGGAAUGGAACUUUACCGAAAGUUGAAAGUGAAGUCGACGUUGAUGAUCGAACGGGAAGUAUUCAUGAUGGUGGUCUUUUGAUCAAAACAGUCGAUGGUAAUUUUGUUAACAUCGAAAGGAUCAAGAUUGGUUCUAGGACCGUUCACGCUAGUAAAUAUGGUAAAAGCCAAGAAAACGAUACGGUGGAAUUGACCAAUGAAGAAUUGAAGAGUAAAGAUGUCAUACAGCGAAUUUGGCAAGACAUACUUAAAAUAGACAUUAAAGAUGAUACAGAUUUUUUCGCCUCAGGUGCUGGAAGUAUGGACGUCGUUAGAUUAGUCGAAGAGAUCAAAGAGAGUUUAGGGGUAGUUUUGCAAAAUAUCGACGUCUUUAUGGCCCCUAUUUUCACGCAAUUCGUAGGAAUUGUUAUUUUGGCCGCACGUGGUAAUGCGGCAGCCAAAGACAUCAAAUAUGAUGCUGUAGAAAUACGAGCUAACAACAUAGAUUUGAAAUUCCCAAGGCAGCUCUUCAUAAAUGGAGAAUUUGUUAAUGGACAUGAUAAACCGAUCGAUACGAUUAAUCCACACGACGAGAGCAUUAUUUGUAGCGUAGAGAGUGCAUCGAUAGAAGAUAUUGAUCGUGCUGUGAAAGCUGCAAAGCAAGCUUUUGAGGAAGGUGAAUGGAGUAAGAUCAGUGCUAGGGAACGUGGAGCAUUAUUAUUUAAACUAGCUGAUUUGAUGGAAGAACAUAAAGAAGAAUUGGCAACCAUUGAAACAUUAGAUUCUGGUGCAGUAUACACUUUAGCCUUGAAGACACAUAUAGGCAUGUCCAUUGAAACUUGGAGAUAUUUUGCUGGUUGGUGUGAUAAGAUACAAGGCUCGACUAUUCCUAUAUCGCAUGCCAGACCAAAUAGAAAUCUAACGUUUACGCGAAAGGAACCGAUAGGUGUAUGUGGACUGGUAACGCCAUGGAACUAUCCUUUAAUGAUGCUUUCGUGGAAAAUGGCAGCUUGUUUGGCAGCUGGUAAUACGGUCGUGAUGAAACCAGCUCAAGCUUCACCGUUGACAGCGUUGAAAUUCGCCGAACUCAGCGCACUAGCUGGUAUUCCUCCUGGUGUCAUAAACAUCGUUCCAGGUAAUGGCACUGUGACUGGUAACGCAGUAGUCAAUCAUCCACUUAUCAGAAAGCUUGGUUUCACUGGUUCCACGGAAAUUGGCAAGACGAUUAUGAGAUCAUGUGCCGAAAGUAAUUUGAAGAAGGUCUCAUUAGAACUAGGUGGUAAAAGUCCUUUAGUUAUCUUCGAGGAUGCUGAUCUUCAACAGGCUGUGAAGAUAGGAAUGAGUAGUGUAUUUUUUAACAAGGGUGAAAAUUGUAUUGCCGCUGGCCGUAUUUUCGUCGAAGAAACUAUUCAUGAUGAGUUUGUCAAAAAAAUAAUCGAAGAAACGAAAAAAAUUUCCGUAGGUAAUCCUUUGGAUCGAAGUACGGCUCACGGGCCACAAAAUCAUAAAAAUCAUCUUGAUAAACUUUUGAAAUAUGUCAAAUAUGGGAUCGAAGAAGGUGCUAAAUUGGUUUAUGGUGGUAAACGUAUAGAUCGUCCGGGAUGGUAUUUCGAACCGACGGUUUUUACCAAUGUUGAAGAUCAUAUGUACAUAGCCAAGGAAGAAUCUUUUGGUCCAGUCAUGGUGAUCUCAAAAUUUAAUUCUAAGAAUAUGGAUGAUAUUAUAAGAAGGGCGAACAAUACCGAAUAUGGUUUAGCAUCUGGAGUACUUACUAAAGAUAUUGCUAGAGCCUUGAGAUUUGCAGAAAAGAUCGAAGCUGGUACUGUAUUCAUAAAUACAUAUAAUAAAACAGACGUGGCAGCACCCUUUGGUGGUUUCAAAAUGUCAGGAUUUGGAAAGGAUCUUGGGCAGGAAGCACUCAACGAAUAUCUUAAAACUAAAACCGUAACGAUUGAGUAUUAGAUUGAUUAAAAAAUGAGAAACAUUAAAUUCACUUUAAUGGAACUAGAAACUUUGAUUUAUAAUUAAUUAAUUUAAUGAUUUAUUAAUGAUAUAUAUAUAUAUAUAUGUGUGUAUAUAUAUAUAUAUAUAUAUAUAUAUAUAUAUAUAUAUUAUUAUUAUAUCUGAAAAGUUUUUAUUCGAAAACAAAUCUCUGCUUACAAAAGUAUGCACGUAAAUAGGUGUGUACGGUCAACAAUUCUCCAACGAACGACACAGAGAGGUACAGCUGUUCCCAUAAACAUUCCGAAUACCCCACCUCGUUUUCUGCGCCUUUUCUUUCUUUUGCAUGGCCUACCUUGAAGCAUGAAGCGCAUUGCAAAACGCAACCCUUUCGUCAUUUGCUAAAGAAAUCCACCCUUUUCUUCUCCUUUGUUGCUUCUCGUUAGAAACGUAAACGUUAAACGUUUUUUAUUUAUAAUAUAUAAAUAUAGAGUAUGGCAGAAGCGGGGUGUUUGAAGGCAGAAGUAAGAAUCCCUAUGAGAGCCAAAAGUUCUCUAUGUGAUUUAACAAUCAAUUAUUCCUUUUCGAAACUUUUCAGAGUAAUUUUUUUUUUAGAUCAUAAAACUACAAGUCUAACUAUAAUCCUUGAAAGUCUCAAAAACGUGUAAUUGAUUUUUAAAAUCAGCUAGAAACUUCUUAAGUACAAUGUAUAUAAAACAAAUAUUUUCUUUUAAUAAGAAAGAAAAAUAGGAGAUCCUUUUAUUUUAUUUUUUAUACUCUGUUCCAAUUAUAUUUUUUAUAAACGUAUAUUUUGUUUAAAACGAUGACUCAUACUUUUCAUACUAUUCUUAUCAUAUUUUUUACUUCUAUAUAGGUAUUUUUUCUAACAAAAAGAUUUUUUGUAUACGUUAAAUAAAAAAAAUUUUAUUUGUUAGAUGAUAUUAUCUUAAUAGUAUCAGCAAUAAUUUGCCAUUCAUACUCAUCUCGGUAAAUAUCUUAUAAUAAUUAAUAGAAUAUUUAACUUUUAAAUAGGUAUAUAUAUGUAUUACUUAUUAAGGUUUUAUAUUAUGUAGGAUGUAUAAGGAUUAUUGCGUUUAUAAGAAUUAUAUUUCAAAUAAUUAUGUAUCUAUAUGUAUAUUUGAAAAGAGAUCAAUGGUUCUUAUAAAUAUUACAUAUUAAAUAUUUAUAUUACAUCAGAUACAUAAGGGUUACUACUUAUAAGAAUCAUAUGUCAAUAAAAUUAUGCGUAUGUAAAUGUAUAUGUAUGUAUGUGUGUGUGUGUAUGUAUAUUCGAAUGAAUUAAAGGAUAAAUUUAUAAAUGGCUUUACAUACGAUACUUCCUUUAUAGUGUACAUUCUUCGUCAUGUUAUUCAUCGAACAGGAAAUGCAAAUGUUUCGACUGGCCCUUCCAUAGGGGACACUGCCCUCUGACCCCUUCCAUAUUUGACCCUUUCCUCUUGCUAACUAAAAGAUAAAAUCUCAAUUUUUCUUGACUGAUCUGAAGGUUAACUUGAUUUCAUAUUCAUAUUCAAUGUCAGAUUAACUUCAUCAAAAUUAUAUUGAUUUUGAUAUUUUUAGAUAUAUUAUAACAAAAAAUUAUUAAAAAAAAAAAAAAGAAAAAAAAUUUGCUUAAGCUAUUAUAUAUUAUAUGUAUAUAAAGAUGAAAAAUCUGAAACAACAUGAGUCAAUAUAUCCGAGAUAAUUAUCAAUCGCAAUAACUUUGAACCUUUUCUUCAAGGAUAAAGAAAAAAAAAUAACUUAUAGUUCUCUUUAACUAUUCACCGUGCAGUUCGCGUUCUAAUGAUUACAACUCAAAAGGUGCUAAUAUAUUCAUCGUCCUUUCCUUCCUGUGGCAUUGACUUUUUGUAAAUCGAUCUAAGUUCAUAUUCGAAAAAAAAGUACUUAAUCUAAUAAAAUAAUAAAAUACAUAUGUAUAAAAAAAUAAAAAAUUAAAUAUAAUUAAAAGAUAAAUAAUUGCUUUUAUAACAUUUUAUAUAAUUAAUUUAAAUAAUAAUCAAAAUACUAUUAUAAUUUUGAGAAACUAACUGUAUAAUUUUGAAAUUUGAUGACUUUUAAAUGUAACUUUAAAAUUUUUCUAAAAAAAUAAGAUCAACGAACAUCGUAUGAACGAUCGAUUGAUCUCGGUUUCAUGAUCGAACGUAAUCGAGUAAAAUAUAGGUUUACGAGAAUGAAAGAGGAUGAACAUUUACGAUAAAUCUGACCGAGAAAUUUACAAAAAGGGAGGAAAAGAGAUCAAAAGAUGAGGAAAGGAAGAAAAGAGAAGGAGAAAGGAAAACUAAUCAAAUCGUCCGCGAAAUCAGAUUAAUUCGAUUACAAUAACGAUUUGGAUUCUUGAUAAAUUUCAAGAACACGAUAUAUGUACGUACAAACUUCGUAUUAUUGAACUGGAGAUACGAGAAAAAAAAAUUUUUAUUUGAUACAAGAGAAAAUUUGGUAAAAUUAUAAAUUAUAUCGCAUUAUGUAAUUUUGAAGUUAUACACUCAUAUAUUUGUAUUAUUUUAAAAUUAAUUAUUAAUAUAGUAUAUAGUUAUACUAGUAUAUAACUUAUAAGUUUCACAUGAUAUAAUUUGUAAUUUUUGAGAUAUAUAAUUUUUUUCUUAGAAGUAUAAUUUUAUAUUUAGAUAUAUAAAGACAUAUAAGCUAUCCUAAAAACUAUGUAAUGCUCUGUUACGUCAUAUAAUUUUGGAGUCACACGUUCAUAUACUUGUAUUUCGAGAAAUUAAUUGUUACUAUAGUAUAAUGUUAUACCAGCAUAACUUACAUUAUAAGAAAGAGAGAGAGAGAAAGAGAGA